GGGAGGCUGCGUAAAGAGCGAGCGGCGUGAAAGAUUUUCACUCUGAGAUGCUUUGAGCUGUUCAGGUGGUCAUCAUCACACACGUACACUGCCCCCAAGCAUCUCUAUCACAGACCGCGUCCAUCCGGAUUUGUACUGGUCUUUUUUUCCCCCUUUUGUUUUUCUUUUUUUUCUUUUGUUCUCCGCAGCAGCUCAUGCAAGGCUGCAGCAGUACCCACAUUCAGGUUUUACUUAUCGGACAAUCGUCACUGACCGGCUGCUGCGCCCCGUUCAGAUGUUGGGAGACAAGGCUCACGGUGUGACUUUGAAGGUUAUGGAAUACACAUACGAUGAUGACCUGGAAGAGCUGUGUCCUGUAUGCGGAGACAAAGUGUCCGGGUAUCACUACGGUCUGCUAACCUGCGAGAGCUGCAAGGGCUUCUUCAAGAGGACAGUGCAGAACAACAAGAGAUACACAUGUGCGGAAAACCAGGAGUGUAAAAUAGACAAGACCCAGAGGAAGAGAUGUCCUUUCUGUCGCUUCCAAAAAUGUCUUAACGUCGGGAUGCGGCUAGAAGCGGUGCGUGCAGAUCGCAUGCGUGGGGGCAGGAACAAAUUUGGCCCCAUGUACAAGAGAGACAGGGCCUUGAAGCAGCAGAAGAAGGCUUUGAUACGAUCUAACGGGUUCAAGCUGGAGAGUGCGGCCCCUCCACCGGCCUCUCCUCUGCAGGCUGACUACGGCUUCACUGGCUCUCUGCACACACUGCCCACCAUCUCUAAAAGUCUGCUUCCCUCCACCCCAAGCUCCAUCACACCCACAGACUACGAGGCCAACCUUUAUGGACCACCAUCCUUGGGUAUGUCCAUGCAGCCUCAUGUACCCCUCACCACCCAGUACCAGUACACAGCCUUUCCAGGCAGGGCAAUUAAAGCUGAGUGCCCUGACUACACCAGCUCCCCAGAGUCACUGACAGGAUACCCCUACCCAGACAUGUACCCCUCAGCCUCACCGCAGCCACCCAGCCUGCAGCCGCUAGUGCUGGAGCUCCUGCGCUGCGAUCCAGACGAGCUGGUGGUGCAGAAUAAGAUUGUCGCACAUCUGCAGCAAGAGCAGAAUGGCCGGGGCCGACAGGACAAGCCCACCACGUACAGCCUCAUGUGUCGCAUGGCAGACCAGACUCUCUUCUCCAUAGUGGAGUGGGCUCGGAGCUGCAUCUUCUUCAAGGAGUUGAGGGUGGGAGAUCAAAUGAAGCUGCUACACAACUGCUGGUCGGAACUUCUGGUCCUGGAUCAUAUUUUCAGACAAGUGCAACACGGAAAGGAAGACAGCAUCCUGCUGGUGACUGGCCAGGAGAUUGAGCUGUCGUCCAUAAUGUCCCAAGCAGAAGCAACUCUGUCCAGUCUGGUCCAGAGAGGUCAGGAGCUGGCAGCGAGACUUCGGGUGCUUCAGGUGGACCGCAGAGAGAUUGCCUGUCUGAAAUUUCUCCUCCUGUUCAAUCCUAAUGUGAAGCUGCUGGAGAAUCAGGCAUUUGUGGAGGGAGUCCAGGAGCAGGUGAACGGUGCUCUGCUGGAGUACACCUUGUCCACCUACCCCCAGUUCCAGGAGAAAUUCAGCCAGCUGGUGGUGCGGCUGCCGGAGGUGCGCUCCCUCAGCACGCAGGCUGAGGACUACCUGUGCUACAUGCAUCUGAGUGGAGAGGUGCCCUGCAACAACCUGCUGAUUGAGAUGUUGCACGCUAAGAGAGCGUGUGUGUGAGGGACACACACAGGAUCCUGCGUCACUUAUGUGUUGUUUGUCAAGGUGAGACUGUGCGUGUGGACGGGAAAGUGUGAGUGAGACGGAAAAAUCUAAUGAAGACAGAUGGGUUCACACUGGGUUGUGUUUGUGAGGGCUUUUGUUUGUGUCGGACAGGAGAAAAUAUUAUUUAGAGUUUGGAAUAAUAAAACUCCAUCGGACGGUAGUUUUUGAGAUUUUGAAUGUUGUUUUCAUAUCCUGCAGACCUACAUUAAUGUGACAUUUAUAAACUGGAUUUUGUACCUUGUUUUCAGACAUCUACAAUUAGAUCUGCCUGUAAUUACAUCUUAUCAUUUUUGACCAAAUAGACGAUGAACCCAACAUCAAGAUUUUCUAUACUCCACAGAGCUGCCCAGCAAAUAUUUAUACUCAGAGGAAGAAGCUCUUAACUGCCCCAGCGCUAAACAUAGUGUCCAAUGAAUGUCUUCUAUGGCUGCCUGCUUCAUUUUGUGAAAUUAACAUCUAAAUAUCUGUCUGAUAUCACUACCAAAUACUUUAAAAGGACUGUCCCAUUCUGUGUCACAUCACAGGACGGGGCUAUUUACCAGUUGAGCUAAUGUGCACUUUUUAAAUCAGAGUUUGUAGCCUCUUUUCAGAAAUCAAAUUGUAGUGUUAAAAUUAGUUAUAUUUUAUCCCAGUGACUGAUGCGAAACGUAUCGCAGUUUUCUUUGUUUGUUUGUUUUCAUGACUUCAGGGCACACUGUGGUGUCAUCAGACUAGAUUAGCACGCACGGCUUGUAUCACUGCACUUCAUCCCUUUAUCUCCAGUUCUUCAGAAAACCUAAGAUACGAACGCCUUACAAGUUUAGUUUUAAUCUGUUUUCUAGAUUUUAAUAUAUUGAUAUACAGUAUCGAAUCCAGUCUUGUUAAAGAAAACUGAUUAUAAUUCAGUUGUUUAUGAAACACUUUAAAGUAUGAGAUAAAAAAAAAAGCCAAUAAGAAAGAGAAACUGUAUACAGCAAUGGUGUGUGGGUGAAAAGUAAAAACAAAGCCAGAGCAGAUAGGAGCAAAGAGUAGAGGAGAAAAAGGCACAUCAAUGUGCAUAUGAUGAGAGAUGAAUAACAAGGACAGUCAUUGUCUUUGUUGUGUGAAAGGCCAAAUGAAAAUUUGCAAUGUUUGAACUUGAAUUUUCUGUCUGUCAUGACACACGGAGGGAAAGUGUAUCUGGCCACUUUAGCUUUCAAAUUUCUUUGUAGAAUUGCGUUUAUCAGUUGAUGAGGAUCAUCAACCAAUGGCUCAAGAAAGUAACAGCCCAUCAAAGACGAAGGUAUCAUGUGCGUACUCACAUUUUGCUGGUAUCUGGUGACUGCAGACCCAUGUAUUUGUAUGCUUUUUAUAUAUAUCAACAAAAACAAUGCAAGGACAAUUCACCUGUUGCAAAUUAAAUGUUGAAAAUGUAACAUGAACACCUUUUUACUCAUUCAUUCAGCCUAAAAACAUGGAAGCGGGACAUAAGUGUUGUUCCCCAAAGCAUUUUCCUGUACAGUUGACUCAGUCUCUUCCUCAAUUGUUGUCUUUGGUUGUUAGUUUUCAUAGUGGAUAGGCAGCUAGCAAGCUUUGAAGAUCAAUAUAUAUUAUCAUUCAUGAGUACGAACCCAGAACUUUGCAGAUCACUUUAGAAAUGAGACAUGCAUGUAUCUAACACACAUAAUUAUUAUUAUAACACCUGUAACAAUUUAACAACGGCACAUGUUAAUCUUAAUCCAUAUUUAUUUUGUUUGGGUUUACCACUUGUCAUUGAAACUGUCUUAAUGUAUAGAACUGAAACAGAUAUUAGACUGACCAGUGGACAUUUCAGCCCUAGUCAUACUAUUAGAAACCUGAAGUCAGGGUAAAACACUGUACUGUGUUUGUAGCAACGUUCUGUGGCGUUCACUGAGUAGAAAAGUAACACUCAUCUGUGUUGUCCCUCACUGGUCUCCCACAUGUAUCAGACCGGUUUUUAAAAGCACAUGACCCUCAGCGAUGAUGACAAUGGACCCGAUCAUCACAGUCACAAUCAGGACACACUGAAACAAAGACUCAAAGCAGCGCGUUUGUAAUAUUUUGCAGCUCGACAUUCUCACUGUGGGUAUUCCAAAUCAUUCCCCGUCCAUCCGAUGCUCGCCAGUGUUCACCGUCUAGGUAUCGUAGACAAUCACUCCGCCUGCCUUAACUUAAUGUCUGCCUGAAAACACACACACGCAUGCACGCACACACACACACACACACACACACACACACACACACACACACACACACACACACACACACACACACACACACCUUGGUUUUACAGUUGAGACAACCGUGUGUUAUCACUCUGUACAGUAUAUUUAUGUUGUGAAGUGAAUAUCUACUGCAAGACGAAGAUACAUUUCAACACAGAAAAAGUUCUCUGCUUUAUGUUGAGGUCAAAUUGCUACUGUUGUGGAACUGAUUCUCUUGAUAUUGCUUUCUUUGUUAUUCAUUUGGUAUGGCUCUUAGUUCACUCUUUUUUUUUCCUGUGAAUUGAAAGUCUGUCUUGAACUGAAGCACUAUUCUCCUAAAAAGAGAAGGUGACCAAAACAUUGGUUUUCUUUAAAUAUAUUUUAUUGUAAUAGCGUCAAACCAAUAAAACUCAAUGAAGUAAA